CACUCCUCCAUCCGAACAGAUCCUUAACUAUUCCUACAAUUGAACCGUCUAGUUGAUUAUUUGAAACCCUAAACCCCACCCAAAAACCCCAGAUAAUUUUCACAGCAAAAUUUUGAAUAAUAUCAAUGGAAUUCUGUUCUGCGACUCUCCAAGCCCAACCCUCUUGCUCUUUCCCAGUACGAACUUCUAUCAUCACCUCCAAAACCCCAUCUCUCUCUUCCACCGUCACAUAUUCUCCAAUUUCUUCUUCCAGAUUCAACAGUUGUCGUUUUUCGAUUAAUCCGCUAAGGCGGCGUCAUCGGUGGCUAAGUCCCACUCUUGCUGCUGCUGUUAGUGAAGAAGAGUUAUCAGUUUCUGAUUCGUCGUCGAUUAACGACGAGUCUAGAAGAAAUGGUGAGGAGGAGGAUGGUGGUGUUGAGGGCUUGGAUGACAACAAAAUGGUCCGAGUAUGCGAUAAGCUUAUCGAUGUUUUCUUGGUUGACAAGCCCACCCCAACUGACUGGAGAAGGUUGUUAGCUUUCAGUAAGGAAUGGGACAAUAUUCGGCCUCAUUUCUAUAAACGGUGUCAGGAUCGAGCUGAUAGCGAGGAUGCUGAUCCUGGUAUGAAGCACAAGCUACUCAGGCUUGCAAGGAAGCUCAAAGAGGUUGAUGAGGAUGUGCAAAGGCACAAUGAACUUCUUGAAGUGAUUAGAGGUUCACCAUCGGAGAUUAGUGAAGUUGUUGCUAGGCGUCGUAAAGAUUUCACAAAAGAAUUUUUUGUGCAUCUUCACACAGUAGCUGAAUCCUAUUAUGACAACCCAACCGAGCAAAAUGCUCUUGCAAAGCUUGGUAACACCUGCUUGGCUGCUGUACAAGCCUGUGACUCUGCAACUGAAAGCAUUGAAGCACUACAUGCUGCAGAGUUGAAAUUCCAAGAUAUUAUCAACUCUCCUACUAUAGAUGCUGCUUGCAGGAAGAUAGACAAUUUGGCUGAGAAAAAUGAACUUGAUUCAACAUUGGUGAUGAUGAUCACAAAAGCUUGGUCUGCCGCCAAGGAGUCAAACAUGACUAAAGAUGAGGUAAAAGAUAUACUGUAUCAUUUGUAUGUGACUGCCAGAGGUAAUCUUCAGAGACUUAUGCCUAAAGAGAUUCGGAUAGUUAAGUAUCUUCUCUCUAUUGAGGACCCUGAUGAGCGGCUGUGUGCCCUAAAUGAUGCCUUUACCCCAGGAGAAGAACUUGAAGGAAAGGAUGUGGACUGCUUGUACACAACACCAGAGAAGCUGCACGACUGGAUAAAGACUGUGGUGGAUGCUUAUCAUUUAAGCAGGGAAGGAACUCUCAUCAGGGAAGCUAGGGACCUAAUGAAUCCAAGGAUAAUUGAAAAAAUGGAGGUCAUUAUGAAGAUAGUUAAAGAUAAAUUCAUGUGACUAAGAGCCUGAAUUAUUCUUCUCAGAAGCUUUUUCCUUAUGUUCCAUACUCUAACUAAUUUGAAGCAUGAAAUCCAAACCUCAAUUUCGGGUUACUUUUAGCUUUGCUAGCAUAUCCUAGACAUUAUACGUUGGGGCUUAACAGUUAGAGAUCAAUAGCAUGUGAAUCUGAAAGUGUGAUGUUUAUUGCAUAGAAAUUUAGGAAAAAUCACAGAGUGGCUACUAUGAAGCUUCAGAUACCGGACAGGAAUUCAUGAUCAUUUGUUAGGUUGAUUGUGCUGUAGUUUUCCUUUGUGUAAUUCUGUGUUCUAAUGUAUAGUGGGACACUCCAGUGUAGACCAAAUUUUGUAAAUUAUUUUUGUUACGGGUUGUGAUGUUCAUUGA